AUGACAACCCGCGCUGUCAUUCCUCGCUUCCUACUCCCUCUUCAGGGCCCUCUCUGGCGUGGCUUCAGCAUCCCACUUUCUCAGAACAGCAUUCGAAUUCGCUUCGCCUCUAGUUCCUCAAAGGACAAACCUAUUGUUCUCGAGAAGCCCGCUCGCUUCAACCCUCCCUCUCAUGGCUCUCGUCUCAAGAAGGGCAAUGUUCCCAGGCACUACGGUCCUGAGCUGACCGCAUCCGAGGUCGCUGUUCAGAGCAGGAAGCACUACCCUGGCAUGAUGGCCCCCGAGGGAACAUGGGAGCACUUUUUCUGGCACAGCAAGAUGCUGCAUACCUUUAUUACCAUGGGAACACUCUUCGCCCUUGGUAUUUUCACAUUCUUUUUGAACUACGCCUACAAUUCUCCCUACAAGGAGCUCGUUCCUCCCAUCUCGGAUCUCUGGACACAUCCCAUUCACUUCUUCGUCGCCUGGAAGCACGUAAUUACGCUCCACGAGCAAGACAAGGCCAUGAAGGCUAAAGAGCACCGCACCAACCACCUCGACGAUGUUGCCAAGCGCCGCCUUUUCAUGAAGAUGCAUGGCAUCGAGACCAAGGACCCUGUGACUGUCAUGUUUGGCAAGGGCGAGGAGGAGCCCAAGCCUGAGCAGGAGGCUGCCGUUGAAGCAAAGCCGACACCCAAGAUUGAGGCCCAGGACAAGGUCGAGGAGCCCAAGAAGAAGUGGUUCGGUGUCUUCUGA